CCGCUCUGGCUCGUCCCUGCACGUCUGCGUGCGCCGCGCGUCGUAGGUCGUUUGAAACGGGAACAGAUGAGAACAAACAGGCCUGCGGGUUGAGGAAGUGACAUGAUAACAUAAGGUUUGGCCCUGUUUGUGCGUCGGGAGCGACCGGACAGCGAUGCCGCCGCAGCGAGUCUCCGCUCUGCCGAGGCAGCAGUCUCUGCUGCUGCCGGCCGUCAUCAACCCCUUCGUGCAAGACACCAAGAUAAGCAAAACCACCCUGAUCAAAUGUGUCCUGCUGGGAAUCUUCCUGGUCCCUCUUCGAGCGGUCUUCAUGUCCCUGGUCCUGAUGGUGACAUGGCCCGUGGCUGCCAUUAUCACCUUUAACCACCCCCUGAAAGGAACAGUGGAGCCAAUGACAGGCUGGAGACGGUUCAUGUGUCGGAGGGUAAUGGCGUUCCUGGGGAGGGCGUACUACUUCUCCAUGGGCUUCAGGGUGGUAGUCAAGGGCAAGCAGGUGAAGAGCAGCGAGGCCCCCAUCCUGGCCGUGGCCCCCCACUCCACCUUCUUCGAUGGCAUAGUGUGCAUCGUGGCCGGCCUGCCCUCCACGGUCUCGCGCGUGGAGAACCUGGCCACGCCCAUCUUUGGCAGGUUUGUACGUUGCCUCCAGCCAGUGCUGGUGUCCAGAAAGGACCCAGACUCCAGGAAGAAUACAAUCCAGGAAAUAGAGAGUCGGGCCAAGUCGGAAGGCCACUGGCCACAGCUUCUGAUAUUUCCAGAGGGAACGUGUACCAAUCGCUCGUGUCUUAUCACUUUUAAACAAGGGGCUUUUAUCCCAGGUGUCCCCGUCCAGCCGAUCCUCAUUAGAUAUCCAAACAAACUGGAUACGGUGACAUGGACGUGGCAAGGUUUCACCUCGAAGACGCUGCUGCUUCUAACACUUUCCCAGCUCUACACCACCGUAGAGAUAGAGUUCCUGCCGGCGCAAGUCCCCACAGAGGAGGAGAAGAAAAGCCCCACUCUUUUUGCCAGCAGAGUGCGAGAAGCUAUGGCCAAGGCUUUGAGAGUCCCGGUGACCGACCACACGUAUGAAGACUGUCGCCUGAUGAUCUCAGCCGGAGAUUUGACACUUCCCAUGGAGGCUGGCCUGGUUGAGUUUACCAAGAUAAGCCGUAAACUCAAUUUGAAGUGGGACAACGUGAGGAAGGAGCUCGAGGGCUUUGCAACCAUAGCCAGCACCUGCAAGGGAGGACGUAUAACCAUUGAGGAGUUUGCCAAGUUUCUGAAGAUUCCUGUCAACCCCAUGCUGGAGGAGCUGUUUGCUCUGUUUGACAGGAAUGGAGAUGGCACCAUUGACUUCAGGGAGUAUGUUAUCGGCGUGACCAUCUUGUGCCGACCAGCUAACACUGAAGAUGUUCUACAGUUGGCGUUCAAGCUGUUUGACACAGAUGAAGAUGAGAAAAUCACCCACGAUGAGUUCACCGCUCUGCUGCGCUCGGCUCUGGGUGUGUCCGAUCUGAACAUGGUUAAGCUCUUCAAGGAGAUUGAUGCUGAUGGCUCCGGUUUCAUCACCUUCAGUGAAUUUCAAGCUUUUGCCACCACCCACCCAGAGUACGCCAAGCUCUUCACCACCUACCUGGAGCUCCAGCGGUACCAGGCCAUCCAGGAGGCCGACCCCGGGGAUCUGGAGCUGACCGGUCACAACGAUCCAGGGGAAAACGAUGAAGACAGCACAUCUGACAAAAAAGACGACUGAAAAUGAGAAUAAAUGUGACCUUUUACUCCGAAGCUCCGUCAGGAAAAAACACAGGGAUCCCAGCUGCCGCCUCGCUGGAGCAGAAUUAGAAAGUUCAAGUCGAGUUUGUUUCUUUAGGAUGGUAGACUUCUUUUGUUUUCAAUAUUAGUGCCUUAUAGAGAUUUUAAUGAGAAAUUCCCCAAGUUGCCAGGGACUAGAAAAAAAAAGAAAUGUGAUAGGAUCAAAUUAUGUCAAUUUAAAUGUUUAAAGUAGCUGCAUAAACCCUGCAAAUGUUGGAAUUAACUUAGAUGAUGUACUUGUUAACUUCAACACCCCAUUUGUGACCUUUUUUUCGGGACUUUCCCCGUUCGUGCACUGAGAUGAAUACAUCCUCAUGUUCUUUAGCCUUUUGUCUUUAUGUUUUUUCUUUAAAUGAGAGGAAAAACUGCCUAACUAACAUUUUUUUUUUUUUUUUUUAAUUAAGCGAGGAGCCUCUGCAUUGCAGUUUAAUUAGCGUUCAGUAAGCUUUAGCAAUUUCUUUCUAGUCUGGCAAAUCAAGAGAUGUAUUCUGUAUUGAAGUUAUGUUAACAACGAGCAUAGAUGCUGUGCAUUACACUUUUUUCCAGCGCUCAGGGACACAGACCUUGUAAAACUGGUGCAUAAUUAGCCAGAGGUUUGCUCUGCAUGUGUAUCUAUUUGCAUUUCUACAGAAGAAUGUUGUUGCUGAGACAGCACUGCGUCUGUUCGGCUUUAAGUUGACUAAAGAAUAUCAGCCGCAGAAAAUAGGCCAAUUUGUGAGCAAAAAGGCAACAGCGCGUCUUCACAGCCACAUAUCCCAGCAAAAUAUGCUUUGAGAUUAACAAGAGGCAUUGUUAUUUAUUUAGCAGAGCGCAUAAUGUGGAUUUUUCUCUUUUUUUUUUCUUGUUAACACUGCAAAGUCUGCUUUUUUAAAAUAAAACAAGAAUACAAUAAAUACUCUUCCCUC